GUGCUCCCAGCCUGGGGCGUCUUAUCUCGUUCGCGCGUCUCGCGAGCAUUAGGUGACUGGCUGAGGCGGCGCCAGUUGGCCGGGCACGGGGCUGCUGUAAGGCCGAGGUUGCUGCGGAAGCGGAGACCAUGUUCCGAGCGGCGGCUCCGGGGCAGCUCCGGCGGGCGGCCUCAUUGCUACGAUUUCAGAGUACCCUGGUAAUAGCUGAGCAUGCAAAUGAUUCCCUAGCACCCAUUACUUUAAAUACCAUUACUGCAGCCACACGCCUUGGAGGUGAAGUGUCCUGCUUAGUAGCUGGAACCAAAUGUGACAAGGUGGCACAAGAUCUCUGUAAAGUAGCAGGCAUAGCAAAAGUUCUGGUGGCUCAGCAUGAUGUGUACAAAGGCCUACUUCCAGAGGAGCUGACACCAUUGAUUUUGGCAACUCAGAAGCAGUUCAAUUACACACACAUCUGUGCUGGAGCAUCUGCCUUCGGAAAGAACCUUUUGCCCAGAGUAGCAGCCAAACUUGAGGUUGCCCCGAUUUCUGACAUCAUUGCAAUCAAGUCACCUGACACAUUUGUGAGAACUAUUUAUGCAGGAAAUGCUCUAUGUACAGUGAAGUGUGAUGAGAAAGUGAAAGUGUUUUCUGUCCGUGGAACAUCCUUUGAAGCUGCAGAAACAAGUGGCGGUAGUGCCAGUUCAGAAAAGGCAUCAAGUACUUCACCAGUGGAAAUAUCAGAGUGGCUUGACCAGAAAUUAACAAAAAGUGAUCGACCAGAGCUAACAGGUGCCAAAGUGGUGGUAUCUGGUGGUCGAGGCUUGAAGAGUGGAGAGAACUUUAAGUUGUUAUAUGACUUGGCAGAUCAACUACAUGCUGCAGUUGGUGCUUCCCGUGCUGCUGUUGAUGCUGGCUUUGUUCCCAAUGACAUGCAAGUUGGACAGACGGGAAAAAUAGUAGCACCAGAACUUUAUAUUGCUGUUGGAAUAUCUGGAGCCAUCCAACAUUUAGCUGGGAUGAAAGACAGCAAGACAAUUGUGGCUAUUAAUAAAGACCCAGAAGCUCCAAUUUUCCAAGUGGCAGAUUAUGGAAUAGUUGCAGAUUUAUUUAAGGUAGUUCCUGAAAUGACUGAGAUAUUGAAGAAAAAAUGAAUCAGGAUCAUGCCUUAAAAAGAAAACUUAUGUUAAAGUAUUUCACUGAAAUCACAGACAUUUGUGGGUAUUAUAACAAUCAUUGGAAAGCAUGGAGAGCUACAUUUCAUAAUUUGAGGGAAAAUUUCUAACAGAUGCCAGAAUGCUUGUUUAUGGGAUUAUUAUGUUUCCUUUUAAUUAUUUGUGGUUCCAAACAAUUAUUGUUUGAAAUUUUUUAAUUCUGUACUAAAAUCUAUAAUAAAGCUUUUCCACAGCUUUAAAACUAUCAGAAA